AGUUUCCUACGGCGCGAGUGAAACCGCCACCUAACUGCCGUCGAGACGAGAAAAAGAGUAGCGUAGAAAUGACUCCACGAAUCCCAUGAAUUCUCUCUCUUUCUCUCUCCUCCAAAUCCAAAAUCCCCAAAUUUCUAUUUUAUUUUCAUUUUCAAUGCCCGCGCUCUAAAGUGAUUUCCCUCUCAGAUCUCUCUCCUUUUUCACGAGAAAACCCUAGCUCUCUCUUUCUAUAACCUUCCUUUUGUGUCAAUUCAUUCAUACACCAAUUUUAAUAAAUUGGUUUUUUUCCCCGGACGUUGGCUAGUGAGUUCCUCCCAUAACUCAUGUGGUGGUGGUGGUGGGGUGUGUGUGUCUAAUGUUGGGGGGAUAAUAUACCAUUAGAGACAAUUCCUCCUUGAGUUGGAUUGACUUUCUUUGCAUUUUGAGGAAGUCUGUAUUUGUCUUCCUGAUGUGAAUAUCUUUUUAGGAAAUGGCGAAAGGGACCACAGGACGACGUAGGAAUGGUUCUCGACGAUGCAGGGCUACUCCAUACCCUUUGCCAUCUGCUAACCAUUCUGAACUUGUUCACCAAAAGAAAUGCUCUAAACUCUUUGAGAAGAAAGACUGGGAAGAUGCAACAUGUUCUGUAUGCAUGGAAUAUCCCCAUAACGCGGUGCUUCUCCUGUGUUCCUCUCAUGACAAAGGUUGCCGCCCCUACAUGUGUGGAACUAGCUUGCGCUAUUCAAACUGCCUCGAUCAGUACAAGAAAGCCUACACUAAAGCAACACUGCCUGAUAAUAAUCAACCUAUGCAGGGUGCUACUGAUACUCCAACUGCUGACCCAUUUUCUACUUGGCCUUCUGAGAAAAGCGAGGUCUCAGAAGUUGCUUGCCCACUAUGUAGAGGCCAGGUGAAGGGAUGGACUGUGGUUGAACCUGCGAGAGAAUAUCUAAAUACGAAGAAGCGUAGCUGCAUGCAGGAUGAUUGCUCGUUUGUUGGAAGCUACAAGGAGAUACGAAAACAUGUUAAGGCAGAGCACCCCUGUGCUAGGCCACGUGAGGUAGAUCCUCUUCUUGAACAAAAAUGGACAAGGCUUGAGAGGGAACGAGAGAGGGAUGAUGUUAUCAGCACUAUAACUUCUUCUAUGCCAGGGGCUGUGGUUUUUGGUGAUUAUGUGAUAGAAGGAAGUCAUUAUGGUUUCGAUUCAGAUGAUGAAGAGGGUUUUGAUGCGAAUGAGAUGAUGAAUGGGAAUGAAGGUUUUGGAGUGGGCAUUGAUCGCAACUUGAUGAAUGUGUUUCUGUUUUUGCAGGCUUUUGGUUCAGCAGGGAAUAUUGGGUCAAAUCGGGUUAUGAGGCGGCAUGGGAGGGGCAUAAGUGACACUUUGGAUAGAGGUGCUGGUGGUGUUGACCGAAACCUCCCAAUUGGUGGUUUCGAGUACUCUGAUGAAGACAGUGACAAUAGUGGGGAUGAUAAUGAUGAUAGUGGUAUAUCUCUCGUUGGGCGUCUUCGUCGUGAAGGUAGAGUCCUUUUGGGUCGCUCUGGGAGGAGACGAAGACGUAGAGAGGCCAACGCAGGUCGGAGAUAGAUGUAAUUUGUGUAUGUUUGAAAUUGUGAAAAAAGAAAUAAUUAUAGGUCUUAGUCUAGGAUUUAACUGUGCUCUAACAUUCUCAUGAACAUCUGCCUCAGAUUGAUGUUUGAUACAUGGUAGAUUGUAGGAUGGCUCAGAAUUAUUGGCGGGCACUUGAAGAAAGCUCAGUUUCGCUGUGAUUUGUACUUUGUAAUUUCCUUAUUCUGUCUUUUGAACAUUUCUGUCAAUUCUUGUAUGAAUGCAAUUUCUAAUGUACAUUUU